AUGUCGCCGGAGAAGAUGAUUGAAGCCACUGGUGAGCAACCAAGUGAGGGUGCUUAUCCAGACAGUUCCCCCAUUGAUGCUGUCCUGACUGCCACACAGUUGGGUGGAGAAGAUGUGGUUGAAAGUUCAUCGGACGGUCAAAGCACAGGUUCAGAGAGUGAAGCAGGGGAAGAUGAGAUUGACACCAAGUCGAACAAGUCCCGUGAUGGAGGUGAUGACACGACUGGUGGAGAUGGAAGCCCGAAAGAGGUGAAGAUGGCACAGAAGAACGGCACAUUGGAUACUCUGAGCCUUCAGUACUUGAGGAACUUGAGAACGAAUUGUGACCGUCGCGCCUCUUACUUUCACAAGAUGGGUGUUGAGGUGGGCUAUGCGCUUCGCAAAGUUGAGAGGUUUGAGAAGAAUGAAGCCAAAAAGGCACAGGAUGCGUUGGUAAAGUCGGAGGCAAUGCCUUCGGCUUUGAGAGACCUGUUGUAUGCCCUCUACCCCGGCGUCUUCACAAAGAAAAUGUUGAAGCGCCUUCGCUGGAUGAGUGGUGACAGUGAUUUGUCGGAGCGACCACGCAGAGAACUGGGAAAUGGAAAGACAUGCAACACUGGCUGGAAACUUCAAGACGGAGCAUCGGUCAAGUUGAUGGAGCGUGGUUUGGGAGGUGCAGGUGCGUCCAAACGUUCCCGUUCGUCAGGAGUGGAUGUCAAGUCCAAGGAGAUUGCGAUGAAGGAGGUUGCCAACGAGAUCGACCAAGCCUGCCUUCGCUUCAAUGCUAUGGGUUUUUCCACGGACAGUAUCAAACAGAUUGUGGAGAUGGGCUUGAAGAUGAAGAACGCCACGAGCACUAGCACCAAUCCAGAUGAUGCUUUGUUCAAUGUAGUCAGCCAGUUGUCUGACAAUGUGAUUAUGAAGCUUCAGGCACACGUCUGUGGCAUCUUCCACCAAGCCCUACGAGCGAGUGAAAAAGGCAUCGGAGAUUAUCUUUGA